AUGCUGCUCUCCUCUCGCACCGUACUCCUGUUCGGAGAAACUUCGAGGAUUGGUCGUCGGAACGGUCCCGGCGCAAGGGUCUCCGUGGAGUACACAGAGUCACAGACUGGAGCAAGCGGAUCGUGCACAAGAACGAAGACUUCGUGGUCGUCGACAAGCCCGCGGGGGUGUCGACGGUCCCGACCAUCGACAACGGCGUGCAGAACUGCGUGUUUCCAGCAGGCAAGCCUGGCGGUCGCGGGCAUUUCCCCCGGGUCGCGGUCUCUACCCCCGCCUCUACACGCGGUGUCGCGGCUGGACGUCUGCACGUCAGGGGUCGUCGUCUUCGCGAGGCACAAGGAUGCCACGAAGCAGCUGAACGAGCUGUUCCGUGCCAGGCGGGUCAAGAAGCGGUACCUGGCCCUCCUCACCCCGGGCCCGCCCGUUUCAACUGGUUCGAUGGUCCGCUGGCGGCGGGCUUGGGGCUUGGUUCGGGGUCUUCGCCGGAAGAACUGGAGGCGGCGGCGGGAGGAGGAGAGGGACGAGUGGAGGAGGACGGAAGCACCGUUCCCGAUGCCGAAGCAGCCACGGAGACAGGAGCAGCACCGGAAGAACGGAACAAUGUGCCCCACCUCGGCCUUGAUUGGCGAUGACCGGAGGGGAGCCUUGAGCGUGCGGUGUUGUUUGCAGCUGUGGGGGUUCGGUUGGAGUGCUCAACGAAGGACGGUUGAUUGAGUCAUUCGAAAAUAAAAUUUGCAUGGCCUUCGGGCAGGUUAGGGUUACACCAAAUAGAAAUCUGUAGCCAAGCCACAAGCAGUAAAGUCGAAGGCCCCUGGUUAACGACAAGUUUGAAUAUGGAACAUCAACAGCGAGAUGACGGGGUCGUCGUCAUCUUUUCGCUUGAACUAUCGUCGCUACAAUGAACGUUAUUAUUGGUGGGGGUUGUUGCGCUGUUUCGGACGACCACACAGUAAGUGACGCGAGUCCAACAAACCUACGAAAUCAUCCAGCAUGAAGUAAUCAACAGGUUCGCUGAAGCACUCUGUACACUACAUGUACUUCCAAGAUAUGCGGGGUGGGCGUGAUGUGUUACAUAGCUGCAAUCCCAAAAUUUUCGUUGUUGUUGGCGAUGCGUAGCGAAUGAGUUUGUAAGGCGUCGUAGGAGGUAGAAGUGGUGGACGUCAUGCACGGGUAGUAUAGGAGAUGACGUGGACAGGUCUGGGUGGUAGGCAGGGUGUGCUGGUGUUGCCGAAUUUGUGCGUUCGGUGGCGAUCGGAUAUUGGUUGGUCUCACGGGUUGAGAGUGCACAUCUGUCGGGAGAGAGGGAGUAGUCCCGAUGUUCUUCAUGUAGACUGUUCUUUGUGCUCAUGGUGCUGCCAAAGUCGUCCCAGUAGUGUGUUAGCCCCCCGCUCCUGGUUAGCCCACUUCGUGCUACGAACCCCUCCCCCGGAGCAAUUUCUGGCAGCGAAGCUGCAGGCGGGGGGGCGUACUCUUAUGUUUUGCAUGCCUUAGCGGUUAGACCAUGGACCACGCGUCCUCGAGAGGACGGAGCAUUGUUGCCACAGGACCGAUAACCGAUGGCCAAUCGUU